AUGGAUGGAACACUAACGCUCCCUGUGCAUGACUUCGAGGAUAUAAGACGGCAGUUAGGUAUCGAUGGCGGGGUACCCAUUCUGGAAGCCAUAGACGCUAUGACUGAAGAGGACGCAGUCGAAACCAAAAUUCGUCUCAACGAAAUCGAAAUGGAAAUCGCCACUCUUGGUCAGCCCCAACCUGGUGCAGCGGGGUUGCUGGAGUAUAUGAAAUCUCGGGGAUUUGAACUUGGAAUCCUGACGCGGAACGAUGAGGAAAUUGCGAUAGCAACCCUGGAAGCCAGCGGGCUUGGCGAGUUCUUCGAUCGCGAAACGAUAAUCGGCCGUGAGACCUGCGCGCCAAAACCGCUACCUGACGGCGUGCUGCAUUUGUUGUCGCACUGGCAGUCCCAACCUAAUGCGACGGUGAUGGUGGGGGACUACCUCUAUGAUAUUGAGGCCGGCAAGAGAGCCGGUGUCAAUACGGUGCAUUUUGACAGCAGUGGCAGGUUUAGCUGGCCACAUUACACUGAUCACAAAGUGUCUCGUCUUGCCGAUAUUGUCAAACUAAUUGAUUAG